CGCUGUUGCUGACAUUUACGUGGAUGCUUUCGAUCAACCAAUUUUCAUCGCGAACAAUUGUAAUUCUGCCAUAAAUUUAUCAUUUUAUAUCAUCUCUGAAUGUGCUUGAAAAAUAGUCUGAAUCAGCACCAUAGAGCAGGCCAUCGAUCACAAGUCAACAUUCUUGGAAGCGUAACUGGUAUUGGCUACUCCUUGGCUCUUACUAUCACCAGCAAAUGAGAUGCUUACUAAGAAAGCUGUAAAAUAGGUCGGAAUUAUUGAUGCUGCUCAUUCAGCUCUGCAAGCUUAGUGACACAAGUAAAAGUAUAGUUACAUGGCUGAAUAUUAUCAAAGACGAUAACUGGACCUUUUGUCUCACAUGCGAAGAAGAGAAGAACUUCCCUACAUGUAGCUGUGAUCUAGAUUUGAUUCAUUCAUCGUAGCAAGGAGAUUAUGUUUGAUGAAUUCAUCGGUUACAAAGGAACUGCAAGACUAGACAAAGAGUAGGAGUCACAAUGAGCGUUGGCCCCCUUGUGACCGAGAUCCUUUGUGUGUUUGUGCUCGCUGCGUACCUCCUCCACAAGUAUGGAGAUUGGCGCAAGCAGCAUCCUGCCGUUACCUUGGCAACCUUCAUCUCCUGGUAUUUCUCUCUCAUCAUCGUCUUCAUGUUACCUCUCGAUGUUACAACGACAUUUUAUUUGCAGUGCAUGAAAGCUGCCGAAUCCCCCACAGUACCGGACGUGACUCCUGCUUCACCGCCCCUCCAACAAAUCCCUACAACGGACCUUCAUGCAAAGCUGACCCAGGUAGGGCACACCGACAGUGCCCUAGGUACGACUAACCUGAUGCUAAAUGCAUCCCUGAUGAAUUUAACUGGAGGAGGAGAGGGUUCUUUGAGGGAUAGGAGGAGUUUAGCGGAGGAGCAGUGCAAGAAACCCUGGAGCUACGUCCCGGAAGAUAUCCUUCCCAUCAUCUGGAAGAUCGUCUAUUGGACUACCUUUGUGCUGACGUGGCUCAUUAUGCCCUUCAUGAAGUCGUACACACAAGCUGGUGACUUUACAGUUGCAGGCAAGCUGAAAACUAUCUUGGUGCAGAACGCCAUCUGGUAUGGCAGUUAUCUUCUCAUUUUCGGGGUCCUUCUCAUCUGUGUGGCGGCCAAACCUGAACUCCAAUUAAGUGGGCAACAGCUUCAGAUCAUCGGCAUCACAGCAAGUAACACCUGGGGUCUGUUCCUCCUCAUCCUGUUGCUAGGAUACGGGCUGGUGGAGGUACCUCGUCAGUGCUGGAGGGAGUCCAAGCGAGGUUACAAUCUCGAGCAUACCUACUUCCUACUGGCCAAGCUCAGCACAGAGAAGUCGGAGGCAGAUGAAGAUCUGGAAGACAUCUUGGAGGACAUCCGCAGAGCCUCCGACGCUGUCAGAUACAACCAUCCUCUGCGCAAAUAUGUCAACACGGUGGUUUCCAAAUGCCCUGACGAAUUCCAGGACUCCCUUACCAAGCAUUUGGAUGACUUCCAGGAGUAUGGUGACCAACGUGUUCAGCCGCCGUCAGAGAAUGAGUUGGUACGUCUGCACAGUAAAGUCAUGUUUGCCGUUCAAGCCAAACAUCGAGCAGACACGCAAUGGAAGGUCCUCGUCAGGGGAGCAUUCUUUCUAGAGGACUUGCAACGAAAUGAAAAGGGCAACACAUCUCAAUUCCAUCAUACCUUUGACCCCAAAUUCAACACCCUCGAGCAGUUCAUCUGCACCCCUACGGUAGAAUGGUACUGGCGAGUUUGGUUCUUACCCACAGCCAUGAAGGUGAUAGCCGUCGUCUUGGCUCUCUUCUCCCUCAUGGUCAUCUGGUCUGAGAUGACCUUCUUCAGCAUUAGUCCCGUUCUCUCCCUCUUCGCCAUCUUCGUUGACAAGGCCAAUGAAAACUACAACUUCCUCUGUAUUGAGGUACUCUGUAUCAUCAUCAUAGCAUACCUGUGUGUAUGCUCCUACUACACUGUCUUCAAGGUUCGUGUGUUUAACUACUAUCAUCUGGCAUCCCAUCAUCAGACGGAUGAGAGUAGCCUUCUCUUCUGUGGCAUGAUGCUGUGCCGAUUGACUCCUCCUCUUUGUCUCAACUUCUUGGGUAUGAUCCAUCUCGAUGAUCAUGUGACUGGACAAGAGGACCUGGUCGAGACAUCCUAUACUCUGAUCAUGGGUCGUCACAUCGAUGUGCUACCCUUCAUGGCAUCUGGGUUCUACAUCUAUUACCCGAUUCUGGUAGCUAUACUCUGCUUGGCUACAUACUUUGACCUGGGCAGCAGGUGCCUUUCUUGCCUCGGCUUCCAGCAGUUUGUGGGCGAUGAUGACAUGACCAAAGAUCUAGUGGAUGAGGGCAGGGAGCUUAUGAAAAGGGAAAAAAGGAAGAGGGAGAGAGCUGCCCACAGUGAAGAGAGGAAGAAGACCUUUUCAAAAUUUAGUUUACAGGAGAAUGCUGAAGCUAACCGCAACAGUCGUCGCUUCAAUAACCGAGGAUCAGGAACGGACAGUGACACCGGACAUAGCAACUACAGCACUGCAUCAACCAAAGCCAAAUACACCAGACACAAAAACCGAGUAGAUGAUAAAGUCGAGAUCAUGGGUGAUGAAGAGCCAGUCGAUUACAACGAAGAAAAUGCCUCCCAGUUUGUGGAUGGGCUUGGUGACUAUUCCAGAGGUAAGGCGAGCAACGGCAAAGCAGCGCCUCCGAGGCGUGGUCCAAACUUCAGCUCCAAUGCAAAGCCCAAGAAUAUAUUUGACGACGUUUGAAUCUGUGUUGAUGGUGUCUCGUACUGUCUUGUACUGUCGAGUGAGCAGUUAGCCGAGUGCAAUGUGUGUUCGUGUUUUCAUGGCUAAGGUUUUCUCAUUAUUUAAAAGCAUAAAGAAGCAAAGUGUAUCGUUUAUAUUUAAAAUACAUUAAUCUGUACACUAGCAUGUGUCAAUACCAGGAAAAAUAUGAUUACUGCUUAUUUCCUAUGACCUUAUAACAAUAGUAAAGCAUGUUUUAUAAACAUAUUUACAUUAUACUGUUUUCAGUGUUUGCUUGUCAUCACAUACUACAUGUAUUUUGAAGGGAUUGUAUGACAUAGCUUUAUCUAUUUCCAUUGGUUUUAUGAAAUACUGUAGUUUGAGAUCUCAUAUGUUGAAACGAUCCGCAAGCUGUAGGUAAACUUUGAAAGUACAUGUAGUAGAUAUAUCUGCUGACAGAUGAUUGCCCAUUCUUGAGAAAAAAAAUCUUCUUCUUUGCUGGUACAUGGAAAUAGAUCUGAAUCGAUGGAUAGGUAUUCUCUUUUAUUGUAGGUUUUAUUACAGCUAACACUAAUUGUUUAAAAACAGGGUAGACUUUUGUUUGUGGAAAAUGUUGAAGAUGUGAACAUGUUUGUGAAGUAAAUGUAAACUGCCAUUAAUUGCUGCCCAGAUGUUGUUUAUUAAAAAAAAUCUCAUAUUUAUGGUGAAAGUGUCAACAGAUUGACGUGAUCACAAAUCAGGUAGACUUAUAAAACAAUGCUUGCAUCCUAAGUAAAAAUAAAGCCAUUUCAAUUCACGUGCUCAAAGCCAGAAGAACAUUGUUUUGUUUCAUUAAACACAAUGGCCCGGAUUCACAAAGGAGGUUUAGAUUUAACUCAUGGUUUAAACCCUCAUUUACAUAACCCAUGGUUUAAAAAUUAGCGCAAAAUAAGCGUACAUUGCCUUCCGCGCAUCUUAUAUUGGACCUCUGACUUGUGUCACGCUUAUUUUGUGCUUAUUUUUAAACCAUGGGUUAUGUAAAUGAGGGUUUAAACCAUGGGUUAAAUCUAAACCUCCUUUGUGAUUCGGGCCAGAGUGUCAUGGACUAUACCCUUCCUGGUCUCAAUAGAAGAAUUCUCUUGUUUCCACAACCUCAAUUUGAUGUAGAUUGUUUGGCACGACUAAGGGUUAAAUAUGUGCCUAGUACUGGAAGAAAGUGGGGAAAAUAUUUGUAUUUAGUGGAAACUCUUCAGUCUGUUUAAGAGGAAAAAAUCUGGAUUGUGUUUGUUUGUAAUUUUUGUAAUAUGCGAUGCUAUUUGUACUAACACAGAGGGUUGAUGUAUGAUGUGUGGAAGAUAAAAACAACUUUAAAGUUUUUGAGCGUCAAGUAACGCCUGGCUGGAAUGCUCCCCAGGGAGUAGAGAUUGUGCACACAGUGUGUGCGGGCAAGCCCUGAAUCCAAUGACCGGGGUAAUAGUAUAUUUGUAAAGCGCUUUGAGACAUUGUAUUAAGCGCUAUAUAAAAGCUAAAUAUUAUUAUUAUUAUUAAACCCUACAAGCUGAAUUUGCAAUUGUCUUCAAAGUGAGAAGAGAAAUACGAUUAUCAUUUUCAUUUCAUUUUGUCACCAGUACAAAGAUAGCAUUACAAUAUUUAUUUUUUCCUUAGGUCUUCUCGAAAAUGAAAGCAUGAAAACAUCAAAAAGUUCUUUUGUAGCAGAAAGAGGGCAGUCUGCUCCAAAAAAUUUGUGUAUUUUCUUUACAAUUGCGAGUGUUUUCUUGAAAGCUUUACCUUCUCUAUAGGCUGUUCCAAUUUCACUCUUUUGCUACCUCCUUAAUCAGUAUUUGACAUAGCAUAUAAAUAAAUUAUUAACAUUUGUACAGUGCUUGUGUGGUAAAAUUAUUCUCAUACAUCAUAUGUAGCUACUUUACAUAUUAUGGUUAAUAUUCAAAGAUGUAGAAGAUGAAAAUAUUUAGAAUUUAUGUUUUAUAUUUGGAAGAAAUGUUCAAUUCAUUAUUUAUUUUUUUUUUUUUUCAUAAUUGAGUUUCGAGAUGUACCUGCAAAAUGAAAUAGAUACUGUCAUUAAAGGGAUCCGGUAACACUAUCUUAGCUCAUGCUGCAAUGAUAAUUAUAAACCUUAAGGUCAGUCAGGAACCCCAUGACUUUUACAAGCCCAUCGCCUGUCUGAUUAUCAAGACAUUUAUGAUUGAAAAUCGAAAUCAAAUUUUGUGUUUGCCAAACGGUGUUCAUAACACUACAGUCUAUUGGGGAAAAUGAGUUUGGUAAAACCGGUCACUCAAAGGUUUUUACUUUUUUGAGGCACUUCUUGAUAAUUUUGAAGCUCAAUUUUUCUAGGGCUUCAAUAUAACACCAUAUCACAGACACUGAUAACAUGUACGGCCGUGCAUCUCAAAUUUAACAUUGUUAAACGAUCCCUUUAAGAUCAUUUACAUUUUCACCAAGAGGAACAGAAAAUGUGGCCAUUGUAGACAGAUGACAUUUCUUGACUGGUUCUAAAAUGCUAAUUUCUUUCUCAAGGGAAACAAAACAUAUGGCCACUAUAGACAGGUUGCCAUUACAGAGAGGUGCCAACUAAGACAGGUUUGACUGUAGAAGUAAAGAAUUAAGAGCAGCAGUGAACCAAUUGUUUAAAACUUCAUUGAAUCCAUUAGGAACAGAUUUGGGUCUCAUAGCUUGAAACCUAGCAUUUUUGUUUGUUUUUGUGGUUAACAUAUUAAUGGAUUUGUAUGCAUCACAUUUCAGAAUAGAAAUUUACAGAACUGUUUCAUUCAAUUAAAAUAGAAAUAGUUGAUUGUACUAGAGACAAUUCCUGUAGUUCAUGAUAAAAAACAAACAUUUUUAACAGGGUUUAAGUCUUUUAAAAAUCCCAUCCUGUGGAAAAAAGUAUCAUUUUUCUGAGAUUACACUAAAAAGAGUAGAACGAAGUGAACUAAAGAGUUUGCUUCCAAAUUGAGACAAGUUUUAUCAGUCAAAUCAGUUAUGCUCACUUUCAGCAUGACUUCAUUACAACUUAUACCAAAUAUCCUUCGAACCAGCAACAUAAGCCUGUGACGUUGUAGCAGAGAAUACAACGCCAGAGAAAUACAUCAGAACCGUCAAUCCAACAAACUAUGCUGAGUUGGACAGAGAUUAUUAGGGCAAUGAAAGCAUACUACAUAGAGAGAUAUAUUAUGUAUUUAUUGAUAAUUCUUAUGUCAUCAAGAGAUCAUAUGUCAUUAUGUUACUAUGAAUUUUAUUUCUUGAAGAAUAUCGAAGUAAUUUUAUACAUUUCAAAUUGAUAUUCUGUCGAAGGUGCUGAAGAACAGACAGUGCAAUCUGGUUCAUUAAAAGUUUUGUUUGAAUUCUCAUUUUAGAUUUUUCACUUUUGUUAAAAAAUGUGUCACGAAACUACAAUAUGAAUUUAUGAGCCUUAUUUAGGAAUUGUGUUUUCCAUUAAGUAGAAAUUUCUAAUGUAUGUUAAGUUACGUGUAGAUUUACAAAAAAGUAACUAGCAUUUUUGUGAUCUAAAAAAUAUUAUUGUUCUUCUUAUUUAUUAAUUCAGAAGGAAAUAUUUUCAUGAAGUAUGCUUUGCAUUCCGAAUACUAUACCCACUGAUAAAAACCUGAGGUGUAUAUGGCAAGGUUGUCAUGUAGAAUAUGUGUUUUACUGUUUCACUCAUUUUCGUUUCUGUACAUGAUUUGCAAGUCAGUGUGGGUGGUGUAGUGUAUAUUGUGUAUCAUUACUUUCAAAUGGAUUAUAGGGCCGAGAAGUAUUCAUUUAUUGUGACACUGUCCAAGUAUGAUUUACUAUAUCUAUAUAUAUAUAUAUCAGAAGAAAAAGGAAAUUAAUACUGAGCAUAAUAACGAUUCCUAUGAUUUAACAUUCUAUUUACAUGUACAUGGAACAGUACUUGAGUAUCUUAUGUAGGAGAAGAAUAAUAAGUCUACAUGUAUGCUACCC